AUGGCCCAGGCUGCCGAGCGAGGCCCAGGCGCUGCGGGCUGGGGCCUGCGCGGCGCCCUGGCAGCCGUGGCCGUGCUCUCGGCGCUAAACGCCGCGGGCACGGUGUUCGCGCUGUGCCAGUGGCGCGGGCUGAGCGCGGCGCUGCGGACCCUGGAGGCUCAGCGCGGCCGCGAGCACCGCGAGGACCGCGCCCUCCGCGCCUUCCUGGCCGAGCUGAGCCGUGCGCCGCGCUGGGCGCCCUCGCCACGGCCGGACCCGGCGAGCGCGGCUCGCAGCAAGCGCAGCCACGGCCGGGAUCCCGCCACGCACGUCCGCGCCGAGAGCCAGGACAUGCUGAUGAUGAUGACAUACUCCAUGGUGCCGAUCCGGGUGAUGGUGGACCUGUGCAACAGCACCAAGGGCAUCUGUCUGACAGGACCACCUGGCCCACCAGGACCUCCAGGAGUUGGUGGGUUACCAGGACAAAAUGGAUCAGAUGGACAGCCUGGUCCCCAGGGCCCAAAAGGCGAAAAAGGAGCAAUUGGAAAGAGAGGAAAAAUAGGUUUACCUGGAGCCUCAGGAAAUCCAGGGGAAAAGGGAGAAAAGGGGGAUAAUGGUGAACUGGGCUCACCUGGAAAUGAGGGCCCUCCAGGGCAAAAGGGAGACAAGGGAGACAAAGGAGACGUAUCCAACGAUGUGCUGCUGACAGGUGCAAAAGGUGACCAAGGACCCCCUGGCCCACCUGGACCCCCAGGCCCUCCAGGGCCCCCUGGUAACAGAAGAUCUAAAGGCCCUCGGCAGCCAAACCUAUUCAACAACCAGUGUCCAGGUGAGACCUGUGUCAUACCAAAUGAUGAUACCUUGGUGGGAAAAGUUGAUGAGAAAGUCAAUGAACACCAUUCUCUACAAACAGAGUCCAUGAUCACUUCCAUUGGAAGUCCAAUCCAAGUACUAAAAGUCAGGGAGACUUUUGGGGCCUGGGUAAGAGAGUCUGCUGGCAACCAUGAUGACCGUAUUUGGGUAACGGAACACUUUUCAGGCAUCAUGGUGAAGGAAUUCAAAGACCAGCCUGCGCUUCUCAAUGGCAGUUCCACACUCAUCCACCUCCCAUAUUACUUCCAUGGCUGUGGACAUACUGUUUAUAACAACUCUCUGUACUACCACAAAGGGGGCUCCAACACCAUAGUGAGAUUUGAAUUUGAAAAAGAAACAUCUCAAACUCUGAAGCUUGAAAAUGCCUUGUACUUUGAUCGAAAAUACCUUUUUGCAAAUUCUAAGACUUACUUCAGCCUUGCUGCAGAUGAGAAGGGCCUGUGGAUAAUCUAUGCUUCCAGCAUGGACGGUAUGAGCAUUCUUGUAGCACAGCUUGAUGAGAGGACAUUCUCCGUGCUGCAACACAUCAAUACCACAUACCCCAAAUCCAAAGCUGGCAACGCCUUCAUAGCACAAGGAAUCCUCUAUGUCACAGACACCAAAGAUAUAAGGAUAACAUUUGCCUUUGACUUGUUAGCAGGCAAACAAAUCAAUGUAAACUUUGACCUAAGAACUUCCCAGUCUGUUCUUGCCAUGUUAUCAUACAAUAAGAGGGAUCAGCAUUUAUAUUCAUGGGAAGAUGGUCGCUUAAUGCUUUAUCCUGUGCAGUUUUUGUCAGCAGCAUUAAACCAGUGAUGUGCAGCUUUCUGUUCCCAUAUUUUCUGGGGCCUAUAGCUAGUCCAACAGAAAGCUUGUCAUUAAGGGUAGCCAGGUGCUUAGAGCAUAGCCCCAUGCCUUGAAUGUUUAUAUGGCCAGCAAGUCCCCUUUUAAAGCCUCAUUGCUUAGUUUAAUAGCUACAGAAUGGAAGCUGAAAUGGCUGAGAUUUUUGGGUGAUUCUUCCACAAACCAUCAAAGCAAAUUAGCUUCCCUCUUUGGGCCUUGGUUUCCCAUUGAUAAUAUGAAAUGGCUAGGUGUGAUUGAUAGGAUUUCCUCUACCAACAGGAAAUUCUGUGAUUCUCAGCUUGUAUUCUUCUCACAAAUUGUAUAUAUUUGGCUCUGCCUUAUAGUUUUUGGCCACAUGUGAAACAAGUUUAACAAUGGCAGUGAAUUUCUUAGUUAUGACUCACAUUUGGUACCUUGGGAAGGUACACUGACCUUUUAAGGUUUCUGAAGUACCAUGUUGUCCGUAACAAUACUUUUGCCUGAAUGAACAACUUCUACCACAGAAUGACUGUUGUCCUCAGCUCCUAACUGAAAAUCCCAGACUGGUAAAAGUCAUGAAGAAUUGAAGUCUUAGUUGUCUAAAUAAAACUCCCUUGGGUCCUUCUG